AUGGCUGCUUUCCUGGGACAGCGCCUGGUUAUACAUGAUCCUCACGUGCGACCAGACUUGCUAGGCAGGCCUCUUCUUUUUCCAGCCAAACUGUCCCACGCACGCAGGUUCCCUGCAAGUGAACGCUACAACUAUUGGUAUGACUACUUCAUGGUAGGCGUCCCAGUGGGGUUUCGCGGUCGCAUCGGAAACCUCAUCUCUAUAGACAAUCAGCCAACGUCAGAGAGCAUUUUGGAGAAAUGCUGGUUUACCAUCGACCCGGCUUACUAUCUCGAACCUGGAAGUGGUGACCGAACGCUUGAGGAGAAAUUGAAUAUCUUCUUGCACAACCUGGGAGAGAAUCCUCAGAAAUUCCCAUACGCUUACAUGAUCAGCGUCCCGCGGUUCUUAUGGUGGCAGAAAAGUGCGAUCAGCUACUGGUAUCUCUACUCACCGACGCGGGAGUUGACUGCAAUGAUCAUGGAGAUCAACAACUCUUUCUACGAGAAGAGAAACAUUUUCUUCCGCUUGACUGGGGACGGUAUGCCUGUUGACGAGCCACUAUCUCCUUCGUCGACGAUCAUAGCCUCAGCCAAGGGUACCAGGGAGUCGGUAUCUCUUCGCUCCCACUCCCCCGCUUCCAAGAGAAAUUAUUACAAAGGUUACUGGGAUAAAGUAAUCUUCGGUUCGCCUUUCGAGAAAGUGGAGGGUUAUAUGCUUGCAAAGACCGUGGACAUUCUGAGAGGUCCGUCUCUCCAGUCCACCUUGAGCUCCAACAACCCGGAUGGUCAGGUGAAAGUCACAAGUCGUCUUGCAUCUUGGGGUAAUCCCGUCGAUCCCUUGACGGCCAGUGGUUGGGAUAUUGCUCGGUUCAUUUCCCGUUGGACGCAUGUCGGAGCAUUGUCUGCACCCCGGAUUGUCAAGGAGGCUUUGCGAAUUCGCUUUCGUGGUAAUCUGAAGUAUCUACAAAGGCCUGAGGUUCACCCAGGGACGAAUCCACGAAAGGAAACUAAUGUUGAAAGGUACUUGGAACAAUUCUUCCGAGAAUAUCUGUCUCAACUCGCCGCUCAUUGUACAUUUCCACUGUGCAUCGAAUACAUACCCCCAAGAUCGAUACACUUCGAUCGCCUUAUGUUCAACUCUUUUAUUCCCCCCACAUCCCACCCCAGACCCGUUCUGGAAAUCGAAAUAUUGACUCCACGAUUCUAUACCUCUUUCACCGAGUACCCAGACGCCAAAACCGCCUUCGCUAGAGAAACAGCAGUGCGUCCCACAAACUCGGAUCCAGAUUCCCGCUACCUCAAUGUAUCCAAUCCUUCCCUUCUAGAUAAACUUCUUGAUACUUCAGGCUUGUCUAUAGAGGCGGGCUUGAGCACAACCAGCAACUCCAUAUCGAAUUAUCACACAGACCAGCAUGGGAUAGCAACAGCGCUUCUUCGGUUCAUAAUUUCGAAACUGCGCAGCUCUUCUCGUGAGACAGUCAUCGAUCGAUUUGUCUUUCAAGACCAUGGGCGGUUUUCCCCGUCUCAACGGUGGAAUUACCUGGUUAAUGUUUUGCACUAUCACUUGUCCCUUUGUCUUCCCAUUGAAUCUCAGGCAAUUGUAAUGCUGGGCUUCAUCACUGCCCGUGCAAUGAUAGUAGGUGGUCUCUUAGACGCUUUCUACACUCUCUGGGCGCAAUGGGUUCGUGACGAGACGGGCAUAACUCCUGCUACAGGCGCUUUAAUGUUUGCUGGUUGGGACAUGAUAAACAACUAUAUCGGGCAGUAUUACACCAAUCCCUUUGCAUGGGGGGAAGGUCUGUGA